UCCUGUAGGUGGCGCUGCGGCGCGUCUCUCAUAACAAAUACUGCAGUAAAGAUCCGUGAAGGGCGCUGCUUGUGGAUACAUGAUGGCGCAAAGCUCAAGAUUGUUUGAAGCGGACAGUAAAUAUGCUGAUCGAGAUCAGGACAGCAUAGGAUCAGCUUUCGAUGCUUCCCAGACUUCAACUUCAUCCUCAUCUUCCUCAUCAAUGAAGAGACAUUGGGACGGUGAUGAUGAAGAUCACUCUCCCAGGAAGAAGCGGGUCACCGAGGAGUCGUUACACAGUCAGAAAGUGGCCACACAUUACAACAAACUCCAGGAGCGUGGCCUGGCAGAGCGCAAUAAAAGCAGGAUAGUCCACAUGCGCAACUUCAACAACUGGUUGAAGAGUGUCCUCAUAGCGGAGAUCAUGGACAAAGUGAAGGAAAGACGGGGAGAGGUGACCGUGCUGGACCUGGGCUGUGGGAAAGGAGGAGACCUUCUCAAAUGGAAGAAAGGACGUAUUGAUAAACUGGUGUGUGCAGAUAUCGCUGCUGUUUCCAUCGAGCAGUGCCAGCAGCGCUAUAAUGACAUGAGACGGAGGGGUCACCCAAACGACCGCACGUUCUCAGCCCAGUUCAUCACUGCAGACUGCAGCAGGGAGCUGCUGUCUGAGAAGCUGCGAGACCCUGAGCUGCGGUUUGACGUGUGCAGCUGUCAGUUUGUGUGUCAUUAUUCCUUUGAGAGCGAGCAGCAGGCUGACACCAUGCUGAGAAACGCCUGUGAGAGACUGCGGCCCGGAGGAUUCUUCAUCGGAACCACUCCAGAUGCAUAUGAGAUGGUGAAGCGUUUGGAGGCGUCGGACUCCAACAGCUUUGGAAAUGAAGUGUUCAGGGUGACCUUCCAGAAGAAGGGAGACUACCCUCUGUUCGGCUGUCAGUAUGACUUCAGUCUGGAGGGUGUCGUCAACGUCCCCGAGUUUCUGGUGUAUUUCCCGCUGUUUGAGGAAAUGGCGAAAAAGUACAACAUGCGUCUGGUUUACAAGAAAACCUUUAAAGAAUUCUUUGAGGAGAAAGUUAAAGAGGAGAAGAAUAAGGUUCUGAUGCAGUGGAUGCAGGCGCUGGAGCAAUACCCUCCGGACGAGAGGGGCCGACUGGCGUCCGACAGUCCGGGGGAGUACGACCACGCCAAGAGAGUCGCUGCCAGUCCUGCGGCCAGACGUCCACUGGGAACCUUGAGCAAGUCUGAGUGGGAUGCUACAAGCAUAUACCUGGUGUAUGUGUUUGAGAAAAUGUCAUGAGUCUGAGGGAUUCUCCAUCGAGCUGUUGUAUCCAGAUGAGUGAGCCAAAGAUUCGUCUGGUUUGAAAACCGGAGCUUUUCCUUCACGAGUGUGUAUGUGUGCACAUGAUCAAUAUUCUGUCUGAUACUGUAUUUCUGUUUAUCUGUCAUGGUUCACCCACUACCCCUUCUCUUCAAGUCAAGCAAUCUAAUAACCCUAUAGAGCUUAGUCAUACGCUCCCUUUGGGUUUGACCUCGAUAGUAAUCCACCCUUCCCUUCAGGCUUGGAUGUUCUUUUCUGUGUUCAUCUGUGAAGGGUUGAUUGGUAUCGUGUUUAAUGUGUGACCAGGCUGCUUUUUGAGGGAGGAAGUUUUUCCUGCAAUAAGAAAUGCAGAACUUUAAUUCAUUAAAUUUAAUUCAUAAAGUGAAUUUGUCAAGUUGACAAAUUCAUAAAUUCUCUUUUUCAAUUUUUUUUUUUUUUUUUUUUUUUUUUGUAUUUGUAAUGAUGGUAUAGUGUGUUUUCUUUCCUAAUAUUGUCUUUGAACGUCAGGAAGGAUGUGUAUGUCAUUCUGUACUCUUCUGAUUUCUGUAUGUAGAGCAGUGUUGCUGGUCCUGCAGUUUGUCAGGGAAUUAAAACCUUUAGUUAUAGGAAUAUUAAACCUAGAGUGUACUGUAUCAGUUUAAU